AUGAGUAAUAUAAGUGAAGCUGAGAAGCGUAAGCUCUUUAGAGAAAGAAGACAAAAGAAAUUUUCUAAUGGUGGCGCUACUUCAAGAUUAAACAAAAUUACAGGUCAAGCCGAUAGUCAGUUAAAUACAGAAUCACCAUUAGAUAAUCCAAAAAAUGAAUUUGUCCUUCCAACAGAAAGAAAGGUUGAAACUACCAGUUCUCAUGACGAUAUUCAUAAUGAAAAAAGUGUAUCAGAAUCUGAGAAUACACCACAGGUAGAAUUAUUAAAGCAGUUGGCCUCAAUGCAAAAAGAGGGUUCCGACUCCACUCCAGAUUUGUUUUCCUUAUUGAGUUCAAUGCAACAAAAUGGUGUACCUAAUGCUAAUGGGUUUAGUGAAAUACCAAGUGAUAUUCCUAUGGCACCACUUGUCGAUCCUGCCAUGCUAAAUUAUCAUAAUUAUUUAGUGAGUAAAUUGAAGGCUUGGACUAUUCUACUAAAAUGGAUUGUGCUGGUUCCAUUUUUAUAUCUAGUAACAAGAGGUGAAGAUUUCGACCAUAGCUCCAUUCUAGGUCCUCUAAGUAAUGUUACUGAUUCCACUAAUUUCUUUAUGGUAUUUACAGCAUUUGAAAUAGUAGCAACAUCCAUCUACUACCAAAGACUUCAAAAUAUUGAAAGAAACAAUAAGGUAAACACGUUAGACAAUAACAGUAAGAUAGUAAAGAUGGUAUCUAUCGUACCAGAAGGUAUCCUACCAAUCAAAAACAUAAAGGGCAAAGUUGUUACCUUACUGCAAUAUUGGGACGUUUUAGCUAUGUUUAUUUCCGAUAUUUGCUUAGUUUUAAUUGUAAUUGGUAUAUUUCAAAAGUUUUAA